AUGGCUCCACAUUUUAUUAUCUCACCACUUUGGAUCUGCGGUUCGUUCGAACUGUUGCAAAUCGAACAAGGCAUUAACACAAACAAUUUUCGGGCACUGAUGGAAUAUUUGAUUCCGAUUGCUUGUGUCGGUUUUCCAUGGGUCUAUUUCGCUGUGGUGUUAGUGAUACAACCAAAUUUCAUUUUACAAAAGCUGAACAACUUUUUCUUUGGUCUCUUGAGUUCUCACGGAGCAAUGGGAUCUCUAUCAUUGCUUUUCUUAACGCAACCGUUUCGGAAAUUUGUCGGCGACUUGAUUUCAAGGCUUCUCCCGAAAAAAUGCUCUAAACAAGCCACCGGACAUUUUGUGCUACCAAUUUCAAGCACUCACCACGCAUUGAACGCAGAAUUGAAA